AUGCUUUUGAAUACGUCCUCUCGGAAUAUACUCCGUCACUCCAAUCCAAAGCAAUGGUCACAGUGUCUCUUACCUACCAUCGCUACAACACGAUACCUACGCACAUCCUCGGAGCCCAGCAGCUCUACAUCUACACCCAUACCAUUUGAAAGACAGAAAGAUGGAACGUCUGGGUAUCUCCUUGCAAAAGCCGACGAACUUGUAAACUGGGGAAGACAAGGCUCCCUCUGGCCCUUAUCAUUCGGACUCGCCUGCUGCGGAAUUGAAAUGAUGCACACCUCAAUGCCACGCUACGAUCAAGAUCGACUAGGCAUUAUUUUCCGCGCCUCGCCACGACAAGCAGAUGUCAUGAUUGUAGCCGGCACGGUAGUCAACAAGAUGGCUCCGGCAGUGCGACAACUAUAUGAUCAGAUGCCCGAGCCUCGAUGGGUAAUUAGCAUGGGUAGUUGUGCAAAUGGUGGAGGGUAUUACCACUACAGUUACAAUGUUGUGCGUGGCGUGGACCGCAUCGUGCCUGUGGAUAUUUAUGUGCCUGGGUGUCCGCCGACUGCAGAGGCACUUUUGCAGGGGAUUUUUCUUCUACAGAAGAAGAUGCGGAGGACGCAGGUGACCAGGAUGUGGUAUCGGCGAUAA